AUGCAGUCCUUUUUAAACCUAAAGGGGCACUUCACCUACCGUGGUCAUCUCUGUCUGGUGUUUGAGCUGCUCUCCUACAACCUCUACGAGCUCCUAGUGAACACGCACUACCGAGGGGUGUCGCUCAACCUGACGCGCAAGUUUGCGCACCAACUCUGUGCUGCUCUAGUCUUCCUCUCCCGGCCAGAUGUGCAUGUGAUUCACUGCGAUCUGAAGCCCGAGAACAUCCUCCUGGUCAAUCCCAAGCGCUCGGCCAUUAAGGUGAUCGACUUUGGGAGUUCCUGCCACGUCAACGAGAACUUCCAUCAGUACAUCCAGUCGCGCUUCUACCGGUGA